AUGGAAGAAUCAAAAAUUCAUUUUCGUCAAGUUAUAAUCGAAGUUUUGGAUCAUUUAAGUUCAGUUGAACGAAAAAAACUUUCAUUUUUGUUACAUGAUGAUAUUGAACGUCGUAUUUGUGAUGAUCCAACCAUUGGAGGAGCUUUAGAUAGUAUUCAACAACUUGUGGAUCGAGGAAAAAUCUCCGAAGAAGACUUUUCCUAUUUAAUCGAUGCUUUUCAAAGAAUAAAAUGUUAUCAAGCUGUGAAAAGUUUGAAAAAACUUCAAAAAAAUCAAAUCUCACGUUCAUCUACAAACCAUUAUUCGAAUAGCAACAGCAAUGAAAAUAAAUCCUUCCCUCUUAUUGUGAAAAAAUAUUUAGAAGAUGAAGAAGACGAAAUACCUCCAACAAAUCACACAGAAGUUACAAUUGAAAAUCAUGUAAUAAAACCAUACAUAGAAAAGGAAGAAUCUUCUAAAUUUCAUCCAAAUAUAUUUUCAUUAAUUUAUUUCAAAUCAAAACGUCUUAUUUGGUUAUUAAUGUUAAUCAUUUUCUUUCUUGUCAUUCUAUUAUCAAUUAUUGUAUUCAAACGUUAUUAUUCUUCAUCCAAAGUCAAUAUAAAACCCUCAACAACAACAACAAUGAGCGUAAUAUCAUCUUCUACAAACGAUCCUCAAUGUGAAUUACCUAUUGGACGAUCGUGUACAAGUGAUACUCCAUUAGAAACAAAAGCUGAAGGUUUGGGAGUUUAUUAUGAGGAACCAUGUUACGGAGUUGGAUGUGGAUUUCUCAAACCAUAUUGUCGUCUUUGUUGGAUCGAUCCUGAGGCACGUGGGAAAAUGGAUCGACCAAAAUGUCCUCCAUGUGUUCAAACUGUUUUAAAUCAAUAA